AUGUGUGAAGCAAGCGGUUGUCAAUGUAGUUUCGAUUCUGGUAAAUUAGGAUGUGCUUGUUGUGCAAAAGGUGGAUGUCCGUGUGGUAGAGCAGCACCUAAAAGAUGCAUACAAUGCGGAUUGGAAAAUUAUUGUUCAAACAGUGAGUAUUUAUCAUUAUUAUCAUCUCAACUCUUAUCGUUUAAUUUGAAUUCCACGGAACAACAGCAGCAACAACAAAAAAAAAAAUUAUCAUUACGUACGAAACGUCAAGUUUGCAACAUGACUUUAGAUUCGCGUGAAUUAUUAUCGAGAUCCGGUAAAAGUUUUGGACAAUUAAAAUCACCAUCUAUAAAAGGUCCAACAAUUUGCUAUUAUUCAUUCGUACCUUCGCAAAAGCAAAGAAUCGAAUUACAAUUUUACAGAUUAGUUAAUUUAGGAACGUUCAACGGAACCGAGUAA